AUGAGCUGCAAAACCUCGCGCAAAACGAAGGCUAGACUUCGGGGAGUCAAGAAGCUUCGCAAGCAAUCCCAGAAUACAGCACGUUACUUCAAACCAUUUCGGUUUUUACUAGCGAGCCGAGACACGCAUCCCGUUGCCGAGCUCUUUCAGACUUGCAAAAAGAUUCGUCACGAGACGUCGUUCAUGUUGUACAACAGCAACGCCUUUGGAUUUGAGGAUGUUCCGACACUGAUACUAUGGCUCGAAACGAUUGGACCCGCAAACCGAACCGUCUUGCGGAGCCUUAUGAUUGAGGGGGACUGCUGCUACGGACAAGCCUCUAUAACAUCAUGGUUGGAUCCGUUGCAUAUAUACGACCCAAGCCCCUCGUUCCUGAUGGCUCCCUUCCGCGACCCAUACCGAGAAUUGACAGCCAGAAUCGGCGAACUUCUAUCAGAGUCGAUGCUUCUCGAAGCUCUGUGCUUGCCGUGCGGCUACAGCUUCUGGAGGCUUCCAGUUCUGACACUUCGGCGGCGCGAUCCAUAUCCAGUGCCCUGGCCAACCCAUAUUGCGCGCCGCAUCGCAGAGACUCUGUUCAAAGAUUUUCAAGGCUUUUUCGAGAAGCGCCUUCUAUUCGACGCAGACACGGAAAAGCUUUCCAACGUCAUCAAGGUCAAUGUCAUCUGCAGAAAAGACCGCAACAAAACGUGGAGUCCAGCGGUAAAGGAUGUCUUGACCAAGAUAGAGGAAGGGGCAGGACACUUAAACUUAUUACUCAGGCACCUUCAACACAUACAAGUCGGAGGCAAGCCAUGA